CCGGCAUAUAUGAUCCGGAAUCGGGCGAUUCACAGCUCAGCAACUACGUUAUAUCAUCAUAUACACCUACACUAUCCAUGCUACUCGAACAAUCCGAACCGCCCACCAUCUCGCCCUUCAAACUCUUGUCGGUCAUCCAAUCCUCAGUACCUGGCGCAUCAUCUCUUCCCAAUACCAAACAAGAAUUGGAAUUCAUCCGACAACGCCUUGCCGGUCGUGAUCAUAUCGUGCUCGAAGGCGAGGCAGGUACAAAGAGACAGGUGAUGAAAGGGAUGAAAGAAUGCAACUGGCUUCAUUUGGCAUGUCAUGGGAUACAAGAGCCAGAUGAACCAACGAAGAGUGCGCUUCUUCUCCAAGACGGCCAUCUUACACUCGAGGAAAUCAUAAAACUCGAACUUCCUCGAGCCGAAUUUUCGUUCUUAUCCGCUUGUCAAACGACAUCAGGAGACGAAAAUCUGUCGGAAGAAGCCGAUGACCUUGCGCCUAUGGUGACGGACGAGUUCUAUAGGCAUGUGAUGGAAGAAGGAAAGCGACCCGACUCUAGGAGGGCGGCGGAGGCAUUACAUCUAGCG